UUGCUUCAAGUUUUUUUCUACUCACAUGAAAAGAAAACCAACCUCGUACCCUUCAAAAUUCAGGCCCGUUGGGCUUAAACAAGCUGGCUCAUCGAAGUAAAACCUGCGACCAACGAAGCCUGUCACGUUCAUUCUCAUGGCUACAGACACAAAUGCAUCGGAAUCUUCCACAGUGAACCGUAUUGACGUUUUCUGGCAUGAAGGAAUGCUCAAUCAUGAUACCGGUAAUGGAGUUUUUGACACAGGAAUAGACCCUGGUUUCUUGGACGUGUUAGAGAAACACCCUGAAAACUCAGACAGGGUCAGGAACAUGGUUUCUAUCCUUAAAAAAGGUCCUAUUUCUCCUUAUGUUUCUUGGAACCUUGGUAGACAUGCCCUUAUUUCUGAGCUCCUUUCUUUUCACACUCCUGAGUACAUAAAUGAGUUGGUAGAAGCUGAUAAAGAAGGUGGAAAGACGCUAUGUACCGGAACAUUCUUGAACCCGGGUUCAUGGGAUGCUGCACUUCUUGCUGCCGGGACUACACUAUCUUCCAUGAAGCAUUUACUUGACGGACAUGGAAAAGUUGCGUAUGCUUUGGUUAGGCCACCUGGUCACCAUGCUCAGCCUUCUCAGGCCGAUGGAUACUGUUUCCUUAACAAUGCCGGUUUAGCAGUACAGUUAGCUUUAGAUUCUGGUUGUAAAAAAGUUGCAGUUAUAGAUAUUGAUGUUCAUUAUGGAAAUGGCACAGCAGAGGGAUUUUAUUCAUCCAAUAAAGUUUUUACCAUCUCUCUUCAUAUGAACCAUGGAUCGUGGGGUCCGUCUCAUCCGCAGAGUGGUUCGAUUGAUGAGCUAGGUGAUGGAGAAGGUUAUGGAUAUAACUUAAACAUACCUCUACCAAAUGGAACUGGAGACAAAGGAUAUAUGUAUGCUUUCAAUGAAUUAGUUGUUCCAUCAAUUCAUAAAUUUGAGCCUGAUAUGAUUGUCUUGGUUAUAGGACAAGACUCUAGUGCAUUUGAUCCAAAUGGAAGGCAAUGCUUAACAAUGGAAGGCUAUAGAGAAAUCGGGCGGAUAGUUCACAGUCUUGCGAAAAAGCACAGCGACGGACGCGUUCUAAUUGUGCAGGAAGGUGGAUAUCACGUAACAUAUUCGGCAUAUUGUUUACAUGCAGUACUUGAGGGUGUUCUCAACCUACCAUUGCAUCUACUACAAGAUCCUGUUGCCUAUUAUCCAGAGGAUGAUACAUUUCCUGUCAAAGUUAUAGAUGCCAUUAAAAAUUAUGUAAAAGAUAAAAUGCCCUUCUGGAAAACAGCUUAACUUUUGAGAUGUAUAUGCUUUCUACAAAACCUUAUGUCAUGUUUGAACCUUUGAUAGUCAUAGGAAAUAGGGGAGAAUACAUUCACCUCUUGUAAAAUAUGUGUAAGUAGCACACACCUCUUUUAUUUAUAUGAACGCUAAGCUUUUGUUUGUUGGGAAAAUUGCACUUUA